AUGGCGAGGAUACGUCCUAAGACCCGGAGUUUUUCUGCUGCUGCAGACGGAGACGUUCCUCGCCGGGAACCGAUCCUAGGGAAACAACUCCUGAUCCCGAGCAGCAAGCCGACCAUGAAGCUAUACAGCUACGUCACCUCAGCGCUCCUCCAUCCCCCACCCCCGAAACCCCCCAAUCUCCUCCCCCCGCCGCCGUUCCGCUCGACUCGCCGCCCGCCCCCGCGCUACUCCCAUUCCCGCCCGCCCCAACUCGUACUAGCUUCAUGGUCCGGUACAUGCGACAUGGCGAGGAUACGUCCUAAGACCCAUGAGCUGCGAUGA